UCCGGCUAAAAAUUCAAAAUAACAGACAUUUCAAUAUAAAAUGAGGAUCACUCAACUUCGACUUUUUAUUCAAGAAAUGAGUAAAUAUUUGAUAUACGAGAGAGAACUAUAAAAUGUGAUUAUCUCUUUCAUUAAUAUCGUCCGUUCGCAAAAGGAUCUCAACCUACGCGACAAUAACCUAACGAUGAUAACCUCUCUAUGAUUGUGCCAAAACAGUUUAAAAGUUUCAUAGCUUAGAAUAGCUUAAAAGCUACAUCCAUUCGGAGGGCAAUGAAAUUACAUAUUUAUCCGCACUAAUUACACAUUUAUACCUUCUCCUCUCGUAUCCACGAGAAAUGUCGAGAAAAUAAUUCGUCCGAUGUGUAUACGCAGUCACAGCAUACGAUGCAUCGAAGCUGCAUAUUUAAAUGCGAGUAAAUGCACCGCGAUUAUUAAUGACGAAUGGACCCGAAAAAGGCUCGACUACACGAAAAUGCGACCGACAGUGAGUCCGGAUGAAUCCGCAACAUCAAAUCGAUCCACGCACACAGCGUCGUGCGACGAUUAUCCAUCACGAGGUCGCAAGGAACAAAUAUCUGGCCUGGGAAAUGCACAAACGAAGUAUGAGACGCAUUUAUUGCAACACGUUGCGCAUCCCUCAACGUAUGGACCUCUGAGACCGUUAGAUUGGCAUAUCGCGAAUCGCGAGUGGUGCGUCUACACCGUGGUGGAGGAUCGGCGAGAUGUUCCGGAAAGUCCCGUCAAGGCGUCGCAGGAACACAGAGGUGUCGAUCCGCGCGACGUCGACUUACCACGCAGACACCAAUCGAUGAACACCGACGAGGAGUGGUACGUUAAGCCACAUCUAUGGUGCGUGAGAUGCCACAGGCGGAAGAAGCAGAAAUGCCGCGAGCUCGAGCUGGGGAAAUCGACGAGGCGGCUUCUCGAGCGCAUGAAGAAGUACGGUAAGGAGAGCGAGAAAUCCGACGACGAGGCGGUCGCCGGUGUAUCAACCGCGCCGCAUCGAGAAUCGAUAAGCCGUGCCCCGGAGAAAUCCGAGAGAAGUCGUAAACAAGGCGCGCCGGAGGAAGUGGCCGAUAAGGACGUUACCGGGAAGGGCAGGAAGGAGCGAAAGGUGAGGGGAGACGAGCGGCAAGAACGAGGACACAGAGAGCGCAAAAUGAAGGAGAGGAGAGAGAGGCGCGAGCGCGAGGAGCGAAUUCCGCAUCCUGUCGCGGACGCGCAACCCGCUGCGCCUCCGGCGGACUUCCUCAAGAGCUGCUGUUACUUGUGCGCACAGAACACAUUGGCGAUCGCCGCCGCCGCCGGACCCAAGCCACAACAAUCCGACAAGUACGUCCAAGUCUCGGUCCAUCAAUUUCACGCGGCUACACCCGCGCUCGAUAAGAGCUGCAGCGCGACCCUGCUGGUGCGCUCGGUGCAGUCGUCCGUCAAGGUGAAGACGCGCGAGAUCGGCACACUCUGCCCCGGCACCAAGGCGAAGCGCAAGAAGUUGAGCGUACUCCCGAGGCUGACGUGGACGAAGUGCCCGGCGAGACGACACGUCGCCUGCGAGACCGACAAGUCCGCCAGGCGCGAUAACGCGGAAAAACGAGCGUGGAACGAGAAGUGCUGCGGCGCCGAGAGGAAGAACACCUGACACACUGAAUCUCGCGAUCCACUCGAGCUAAUGUUCGACCACGCCUCACCCCUCCUUCCCUUCUUAUCCCCAGGGAGGAUGAAAAGAAAUAAUUACCCGCAUCGCGUCGCGCUCAUUGCGAAUUCUGUCGUUUUGUUUCACACCCGAGCAUAUUCAAGUCUGACUUGACUUUAUCGCAGUUCCGUAAUUAGACCGCGUUCUCGAAGAAGUGUUACUUUCAUUGGAAUUUCUCUUAACUCACUCGUGCAAAGUUAAAAAAAAAAGUAAAAAGAAGAUAUAUAUGUAUUGUUCAGAAAGAUAUAUAUGUAUUAUUUAGAAAGAGAUAUGUGUAUCAUUGAUUUCUUCCUGGAAAGGAAAAGAGGAGAGCAAAGCUUGCGCGACGGAACGUAAUUUAUUGAAGAAAUGAGAGAACGCUGUUUAUUCGUAAACAACCUUCAAUAUUUCAGGUCUUCUUUCUCGGGAUUUGAUAAAUUUAAGACGUUCCACUUUUUGUUUUUAGACGGCUCGCUGUGAUGUACCUGUAAACUGUACAUAACUUAACGUUAAAAAGAAAUGCUGAAUACCGACGCAAUGCAGUUUCGUAGUUUGCAUUGUUUUCCUACUUCGUUGCAUGGAAUUGCGAGCGCUUUUACAGAGUAAAAGUACAGUUGCCAAUACGUGAAAAGACGUAUCAUAUAUUAUGCUGAAAACAAAAACAACGGCUAAACUCUCAUAAGCUUUUAACUCAAUUUUAUGGCAUUUGAAACCUUAAAUGGUCCUUGAAUGAAGAGAAAAUGGUUCAGAAAGAUAUGUAUUCUGCCGAAAUAAAUAAUAUCGUUAGGAUCC